UUUUUACUUUUUUUUUUAGAACCUAAUCAUAUGACAGUUGCGCAUGCGUUUACCAGUAGUCACUGACGUAAUCGCACAGUUGAUCUUCGCAGAAUCCUAUGCACCAUUUGGAAGCUGUUGCAGACGAAGGCGCUGGUAGCGGUGAAAGCCAGCUGCUCAAUCAAGCAGUGUCAAACAACGAUGACAGAUACCUUGAUGAGCUACUCUCACAAGAACAAUACAAGAAGUUCAUUAACUGUAGAAGUGGCUGGGGAAUUCCAGGCACACCAUUACGGAUGGCUGCAUCCCGGGGUCAUCUCGGAUGUCUACAGGUGCUGCUGUCCCACGGCGCAGAAGUGGACUGCCUAGACGUGAAAGCGCAGACUCCUCUCUUCGCCGCAGUCUGUAGGAAAUACUUGAACUGUGUUUUAGCACUCCUCAGAGCCGGGGCUAACCCAAACGGUAGCUCGUACAACAACUGCACGCCUGUACUUACAGCAGCCAGAGAAGGGGAUGUUGAGAUUCUCAAACAGCUACUUAAACAUGGUGCAGAGGUCAACUCCAGAUCUAAAGUCUUGCAGCGGAUCUCAAGCACUAGCGUAGGGCCUCUCUAUCUGUCAGCAGUGUAUGAACACCUGGACUGUUUUAAAGUCUUACUUCUCUAUGGGGCGGAUCCGAAUUACAACUGCACGGACAGUAAGCUGCUCAGUAAAAUCAAGCAGCCUAAAACAGUGCUUGAAAUGUGCCUCAGACAUGGUUGUGGAGUGGAAUACAUCCAGCUGUUGAUUGACUUUGGUGCUAACGUGUACCUCCCCACGCUCAUAAUAGAGAAAUCCACAAAGCAGAACGAAGCAGUGGAGCUGCUUCUGCAGGAAAGAGGAUGUCCCAAAUCCCUCCUCUCUCAGUGCCGGCUUGCAAUCCGAGGACACCUCAUGAAGAUAAACAGAAUCCAUUCCAUUGAUAAUCUGGAAAUGCCACCUAGACUGAUUAACUUCUUGCAAUACAAAUCCACACUGACAACUACGCUACAACUCUGAUCACAUCAAGAACAAUUGGUAUUAAAACAAACUAUACCAACUGGGUGAAACAUUAAAAUGGCUUUGGUUGAAGUUUUUUGAGUGUGAUGAGGUCAUAUUUUUUCUUUGUAUAAUUUAUGAAACGUGUUAAUUAUGACUUUUUAGCAAUUUCUUUCUCAAAUGUGUGCUACAAUGUCACUGUAAUUGAAGGCAUAAAAGUCAAUAAAAUGUCAUAAAUAUGUUA